AUGACUUCUUCAAAGACACAUCCCGAAAUCAUGUCGAUAAACGUUCUUGUCACAGGAGCCACCGGUCUCCUCGGUCGGCAGGUAUUCAAGACCUUUAAGCAGUCGGGAUGCUUAGUAGUCGGCCAGGGCUUUUCGCGAGCAGUUCCGCCUACGAUUCUCAAAGCGGAUCUAGAAAAGCCAGAGGAGAUUAAAGCCCUCUUAGUCGAAGCCAGACCGCAGGUUGUGAUUCAUUGCGCUGCGAACCGCUCUCCCGAUCUCUGUGACAAGGAUCCUGAGCAAGCCCGUCGAGUUAACGUUGACGCUACGCGUACUCUGGCCGAAGCGACUGCAGCCACGGGAGCAUUGCUCAUCUACAUCUCCACCGACUACGUGUUCCCGGGCACGGAGGGCCAGGCGCCGUAUGAGGCCGAUGCCGAGACCAACCCGCCGAAUGUGUACGGCCAGCUGAAGAGGGAUGGAGAGCUAGCGGUGUUGGAAGCCACAGAGGACAACCACCUGGGGCUGGUUCUGCGGGUGCCGGUGUUGUACGGGACAGCCAAAGACAACUCCGAAAGUGCAGUCAACACCCUUGUCGACGCGGUGUGGAAGGCCCAGGAUGCGAACGCCGGGUUGAAGAUGGACGAUUGGGCCCAGCGGUAUCCCACCAACACCGAGGACGUGGCCCGCGUGUGUCGUGACAUCGUCAUUAAGCAUCUCCACGAGCGGUCGCAGAAGCGCGAACUCCCCCGCAUCCUCCAGUUCUCGUCGGAGGAUCGCAUGACCAAGUACGAGAUCUGUGAGAAGUUGGCGGAGGUGCUGGGAGUGUCGCUGGUCGGGAUGACUCGGAAUCAACAAGGAAACGACCCGAAUGUCAGCGUACAACGGCCCUACGAUACACAUUUGUCCACCAGGACCUUGAAGGAUCUUGGCAUUGAUGUGCGCACGAUGGAUUUCGUCGCCUGGUGGUAA